AUGAAUUACAGAUUCUUACUUGAGAACAAAGCUGGUGACACAAGGAGUAUAAAACUGAUUAAAGAGCUGCGCUGCAUAUAUCAAGAUACACCCCGGAUGCCGAAGCGCAACAACCCGGAAUCUCCUACUGAUUCAGUAACUGGAGUGUCAGGAGAAGAGUCUCAAUCGAGCAGUGUAACAACUCGAAAACGAUGUCGUCUGGCUAAUGCUUCGCAGUUGGAUUUGUGUCAAGAACUGUUUGAUCGAAUUCGGGCAUAUCGUGGGGAGGAUGGCUCAUUAUCUGAAACAUUUAUGCGUCUACCGACAAGAAGGUCAAAUCCAGAUUAUUAUGAAGCAGUAAGAGAACCUAUGGAUUUAGCUCGUAUUCAAGCAAAAAUUAAGGCAUGUGAGUAUGAAAGCGUUGAUCAAAUGGCUACGGACGUUAAUUUAAUAGUAGCCAAUACAAAAGCAUUCUAUCCGGCCUCAACAACUGAGUUCGCCAAAGCUGUUGAAUUACAAGAUGUUUUUGACCACGAGCGUCAGGUUCUUCAAUCAAUAGCUACCAAGAGUACUGAUUCCACUACAAGUUCAACAAGUAGUAGCGUUACUGAUAGGCGUGCAACUCGCAGGCGUCCAUUCGUUACCGAAGAACGAGAUGAAGAAGAGGCUGAAACUUUGUCAAUCGCAGCUUCAGAUGAUUCACGUAUUGCUCCAUCAGAAGUUAGCACUAUCAAUUUAACAUCUAGUCAACCAAGUUCAACACAGUUGGAUAAUCCAUAUGAACUAUUAUUUGCUUCUAUUGCAAAAUAUGUAGGCGAAAAUGAUCGUCCAUUAGCCCCAACAUUUACUCAUCUACCAUCUAGAGAGCUUUAUCCUGUAUACUACGUUGUUAUCAAGGAGCCAAUUGACUUAAGAAUGAUUGCCAGACGGAUUUCGUCUGGAAAAUAUAAUUCCAUGGAUGAGUUGGAAAGGGAUUUUUUACUGUUAGCUCGGAAUGCUAAAACUUUUAACGAACCAAAGUCAGUUAUCUACCAGGAUGCAGCGACAUUGGCCAGGAUUUUGAAGGGUAAACGUAGUGAAGCAGAACAUCCUCCAGUUCGAACCAACCGGGAGCGUGGAAAGCGUGCAUCUCGUUUAAAUUACAUACCACAUGAGGUUGUGGAGCAGUUUGCUUCAAUGCCUGACUUAUCUGAUCCUCCGGACAGUUCAAGUCAAAUAGAUGAAUGUACUGAAGCAGCUUUUGAACUUUCUGGGGAUGAUGAGGAUACUCGAGCAACUGGUACAUCUCAAAGCUGUUCAUCAGUAGCUUCAAUUUCCAUAAAAAGAAAACGUGGACGCCCUCGUCGUAAUCCCUAUCCUGAAGAUACAAUAAAACGAAGUCCAUCAAGAGAACCUCUUUCUCCAGCAAGCAUGCAUUCUCAGUAUAGUACAAGUGCAACUGGUGAACUAGGUGGAACUAAUUUACCACAUUCAUGUGCUUCACGAGCCCAUAGACGCUUACAAGAAAAACUUUUACAAGUCGUAUUGGAUGCUCUUAAUGAAGAUGGUCAACCAAUGUCAACACCAUUUUUCCGACUUCCUUCUAGAAGGUUAUAUCCUGACUACUAUGAGGAGAUUACCAAUCCAUUAUGCCUCUCGAGUAUUAAGAAGAAAAUUAAGAGAUAUGAAUACACUUCAUUAGAUACUGUUCUCAUGGAUUUAGAUAUAGUAUUCAACAAUGCUCAACAAUAUAAUGUUGAACAAAGUGCAAUACAUCAGGAUUCUAUUCGUUUGCAAGAGAUUGCCCAUAAAAAGUGUAUAGAACUUAAGAAUUCAGAAAUAGCAUUGAACAUUAAACCAGAUAAUCCAGAUACAGUUCCAUUCAGUCCUAAUGGAAAUAAUCCAACUGUAUCAUCAACUACACUGUCAGAAGGCAUAAAUUAUCCACAAUAUGAUCAAACUCCACUUAGACGAUCUGGACAUCAAUUAGUUACAGGAGAAGAGGCUACUCUAAAAAGACUGCAAAAUUUAUACAAAACUGUUUAUUAUUUUCGCGCAAACGAUGGACAUUAUCCUCGAGAUACAUUUGUAAGCUUACCAUCAAGGGAUGUACAUCCAGAUUAUUACCAAGUAAUUUCUAAUCCAAUAGAUUUAACAAUGAUCAAACAUAAAAUGGAUGAAGGAAAAUACUCGUCACACGAUGAAAUGGUUCUUGAUCUUCAAUUGAUGUUUAACAAUGCUUGCAAUUAUAAUGAAGAAGGUUCGUCAGUUUAUAAUGAUGCAAAGCUUUUGGAUUCGAUUGUUAAAAAGCGCUUGAGGACUUUUGUCUCAUGUAAUGGCAAUGUUAAUCGACCAAUAACUUCUCGUAGUUCACUUACUACGGAACCUUUAACACAACAGUUGGAUGGUUCAAAUAUUCAAUCACAUGCUAGUUUAGUCAAUACUGUUCCUGCUGUUCAUCAUCAACAAUCUGGUCAACCAACUUGUUCACUCUUACAACGUGUCAUGUUGGAGCUUUUUCAGGCAGUUCGUGAAUAUCAAAUCAACGGGAGAGUUUUAUCUAAUCCGUUUAUGCGUUUACCAACUAGAAAUGAGCUUCCAACUUAUUAUGAGUUUAUUAAGAAACCCGUAGAAUUACAAAGUGUGGCUAAACAACUGGUUCAAAUGAAAUAUACGGAUUUUGAAGAGUUCGCUGGUGAACUUUUUCUAAUGUUUGACAACGCAUGCAGAUUUAAUGAACCUGAUUCACAGAUUUAUGCGGAUACACUGAUACUUCAUCGGGUAUGUCUUGCCAAGCGAUCAUUAUUAUUGUCUGCCCAUCAGCAGUCACUUUCAAUACCUCCAUGUGUUGCUCCUGAUGUUUCUACUGGCUUACGUCGUCUGCUGACUAAUCUUCAUAAUGCAAUGUUAACGGCUUGCGAUGCAGAUGGUCGAGGAUUAGUAGAUUCAUUAAUAGCGGGUGAUGGUACUGAAUCUAUGCUUACUUCAGUGACUGCAGCUCGUUUGGCUGCACUUCAUCGUGCAGUGGCAGAAGGUUCUUAUCAUCGUCUUGAUAGUCUUCAGUCAGACUGGCUUGGGAUAUUGGCUAGAGCCCGAAUCGGAGAAGGAUCUGAUCAACCAGCGGAAGUGAAAAAUCCUUGCCCUACUAAACAACAACGAUUAGAUGCUGCUGAAUUAGCUCACCGUUGGGUUCGUCUUAGGGAUGAAUUAUGCCAUCGGAGAUCGGGAACUCAAACUUCACCAAAUAAUGAUUCUGGAUCUGUAUUACCUUCUCAUGUGGUUUUGUACAGUCCUGCCUUGUCGUAUACAGAAGCAGCCUUAGAACGUGAUAUUACUGAAGAAAAUGCAAACCAUAAACUUCCAGUUUAUGAUGAUGAAAACGGAGAAGAAACUUUAAAUCAACUUUCAGAUGGAGAAUGCGAAUUGAAACAUUUCGAAGCACGUGGUCAAACGUAUCAUGUUGGAGAUUAUGUAUAUGUCGAACCGAUGCGACCCAAUGUUACUCAGUGCCAUAUUGGUCGCAUAACACGUAUUAGCCGGGUAGAGCAUUCGCUGUCCAAAAUCGAAGAACAAAUACCUGAUAAAGAAGAUCAAUCGAAAAGGGAAAACAGUUGUGAUAACAUUGAAUCGUCUGUGAAGGUCGACCAUCCUUAUACAAUUAAUGUUCGACUGUCUAUGUAUUUACGACCAGCUGAAGCACAUCCUUCACGUCGAAGGCGUCUUUUAGCCGCUGAAGUUUUUCGUACAGCUCUUGGUGAGACAGUUCAAAUUAAUCAAAUAGUGGGACGUUGUCUUGUGAUGCAUAUUUCGCAAUUCAUUCGUUACAAGCCAAAAAAUCUUGAAGAACGUGAUGUAUUUAUUUGUGAAUCUCAGUUCUCCAUUACAUCCCAGUUAUUUACGAAAGUCAGGGACUGGAAUAUUCCACUUCCGACUGGUAUUGAAUUAGAAGCUAGACCUACUCCAUUUGUACCAACACGUUUACCUCCAAAUGAACCUUUAGGAAAUGCCUUAGAACAGGUUAAUAACAGUUUGUUCGUUCAAAUGCAUUAUCCUUUGCCUCAAACUUUGAAAUCCAUUGUUCUUGAGGAUCUUACUGAAACUGAAGAAACUGUAGUUUAUGAGCAAUAUGUUCAUGAGAAUGGAUUUUCAGUGAAACUGGGCGAUUUUCUAUAUGUCCCCUCCACUAAUGGAUCUUCUGAACGUUCUAUUGUGCGAGUCGACAAGCUAUGGAAAUCCUGCGCUCAAAAUGCUAUUUUAUUUACUGGACCAUGGUUCGUUACUUCAUCUUCAGUAGAUCAUUUACCAACACGUUUAUUUUAUCCUAAAGAAGUAUUUCUUACUGGGGCUGAUCAUGCUACUCAUGCGCUUGCUUCAGCUACAGGGAAAUGUUAUGUUAUGCGCCCCUGUGAUUACUCCCAGGGUAAUUAAUUAUUAGAUGAUUUAUUUUUCUGUUGAUAAUAAUCAGUAAAAUAAUUAUACUAGUAAGCGAUUAAAAGUUUUGAAGUUACGUUUCUUGAUUUUUUGGACUUAUCGAAAAGAAAAACAUAUAGUCUUGAAAAAACUGGUUCUCACUGGUAGGUUCGAACACAUGUCACUCAGUCUCACAGUUUUAAACACGAAGACAGCUAUUCGCACCACACUUGACCUGCAAGACUAACAGGUAUUUGCCGAGUAGCGACCAUUGUCACGUUUGUCUAGCUCUUUUUGUUGCCGCUCAAAUUCUAUCUGUCAAGGAUUCAUAUUCCAUAUAACUAAUAUUGUGUUCAUCCACUUUAUAAAUUAAUACUGUUUUCAUGGAAUUCAUAUGUUACUGGAGUUCAAUUGUGUUGUGUGUGAGACAGUUACUCACCGAAGACAAAGAAAGGUAGUUGCACAAUAUCGUGGAUUGGUUGUGUUUAGAUGUUAACACCAUUAGAUCCGGGCUUGAUGGUCUAAAAGUAAGGCGUCCGCAUGAAGUAGAACGUCCUGGGUUCGAGACCCGCCUGUGCGUUUGUGGAUGCGCGCUGCUGAGCUGCUCUAUAUUAAAACGUAGUGGCCGCCCGUUACUUCCAGGUUUUCAACGGUUGUUUAACAUUGAUCGGUUCAUGAUCUCAUUAUUACCAUUUUGUAUUAUUAUUAUUAUUACUAUUCAUUUGUACUGAUAACGAAUGAUUGCAAAACAACUUAACGUGCUGUGUUUUAGCUCGCCCACUGAAAUACCGGAG